AUGCAGGCACUGGGCGCGCUGGAGCCGCUGGCGCCGUGGAUCGCGCGCACGCCGGUGCUGCAGCCGGCCGACUAUUUCGACGGCAUCUGGGCCACCAACGCGCCCAACGGCCAGCGCGUGGGCCUGCCCUGGUACGUGGACACGCGGCUGAUGUUCGUGCGCCAUGACCUCCUCGCGCAGGCCGGCGUGCCGCGCGUGCCUCAGAGCUGGGACGAAUGGCGCAGCGCGCUUGCCCGCCUGCGCCAGCACGGCAUGGCCACGCCGCUGCUGCUGCCCACCAACGAGUUCGAGCCGCUGCUCGCGCUGGCGUUGCAGCAACCCAGCGAGGUGCUGCGCGACGGCGGGCGCUUCGGCAACUUCUCGUCGCCCGAUUUCCGGCGCGCGCUGGGCUUCUACGCCGAGCGCUUCCAGCGCGGCGAGGCGCCGGGGCUGACGAACAACCAGGUCGCCAACCUCUGGCAGGAGUUCGGCCGCGGCACCUUCGCCUUCUACAUCUCCGGCCCGUGGAACAUCGGCGAGUUCAAGCGCCGCCUGCCCGCCGAGCUGAGCGAUGCGUGGAGCACCGCCGAGCUGCCCGGCCCGGCCGGCCUGGCCCUGGCGGCGACGGCGCGCGGCGGCCGUCAGCCCCGCCAGGCCCAGGCCGAACAGCGCCAUCGACGACGGCUCCGGCACGGCCUGGUAGAUGACGUCGUAGGACCCGAUGUUGUCGCCGUAGAAACCGGCCUGCGCAUUGAAGGCAUAGGCGUCCGCGAUGCCCAGCACCAGCGUGCCGGCGCCGUCCGGGAUGUGGAAGACCUGGGCGCUGCCCGUGCCGGUGCCGGUGAGGCCGUCGCCGAUGAAGAACACCUGGCGCAGGCCCGGCGUGUAGGACGCCAACGAGUAGUCCGCCGUCGAGGCGUAGCUGAGGUUGGCCGGCGCAGUCAGCCCGGAGAUGUCGCCGGACUCGAUGAACACGCCGACCAGGAAACCGGACAGCGGCGCAUUGACGCCCGAGAUCGGGCCGACGGCGGGGAUGUUGGUGUUGCCCGAGAAGAAGCCGCCGUCCGGGCCGUUGUUGAAGCUGCCGCUCCAGCCGGUCUGGCCGCUGGCCAGGAAGGUGAUGGUGCGGCCCGUGCCGCUGCCCAGCGCGAUGAUCAGCUUCAACCCGGCCUACCAGCAGCUCGUCAUCCACCAGGUCGGCGUCAUCCGCGACGGCAAGCGGCUGGAGCGCCUGAAGGAUUCGCGCAUCGAGCUGAUGCGCCGCGAGCAGCAGCUGGAGCGCCAGAUGAUCGACGGCGUGCGCACGGCGCUCGUCGUCAUCAGCGACGUGCGCGUGGGCGACGUCGUCGACGUGGCCUACUCGCUGGAGGGCGAGAACCCCAUCUUCGAAGGCCGCUUCGCCACGCUGCUGCCGGUGGCCGGCGACGUGCCCAUCGACCGCCUGCACCUGCGUGUGGAAGGCCCGCCCGAGCGGCGCCUGCAGGCGAAGAGCCUGGCCAUCGACCUGCAGCCCGAGCGCUUCGAGGAGAACGGCCGCCAGGUGCUGCGCGUCGUGCGCGAGCACGUGCCGGCCGUCGUCGAGGAAGCCGCCACGCCGCCGUGGUUCAAGGUCUACCCGGCGCUGCACAUCAGCGAGUACGGCAACUGGGCCGACGUCAACCAGUGGGCCCAGCGCCUUUUCGCGCCCGAGCCGGCCAGCGCCGCGCUGGCCGAGCGCGUGGCCGCCAUCAAGGCCGAGGGCGGCACCCCCGAGCAGCAGGUGGCCGCCGCGCUGCGCUUCGUGCAGGACGAGGUGCGCUAUUUCUCGGCCAGCCUCGGGGAGAGCUCGCACCGGCCCAAGCCCGCGUCGCGCACGCUGGCCGAGCGCCUGGGCGACUGCAAGGACAAGACCAUGCUGCUGAACGCGCUGCUGACCGGCCUCGGGCUGGACGCGCGGCCCACGCUGGUCUCGGUGCAGCGCAACCGCGGCAUCGGCAACUUCCUGCCCUCGCACGACGUGUUCGACCACGUCAUCAGCCGCGUGCAGAUCGGCGACCAGGUCUAUUUCCUCGACUCGACGAUCAACGGCCAGGGCCUGUCGCUGGACAAGCGCGGCUACCUGCCCUACGGCGCCGGCCUCGUCGUUGCGGCCGGCACCGAGGCGCCCGUCAGCAUCCAGCCGCCGUCCUUCGCGGUGGACAGCCUGACCUACCGGCAGGACUGGGACUUCUCCGACCUGAAGCGCCCGGCGCAGCUGCGCACGUCCUUCAAGGCCUCGGGCCUGGCCGCCGAGCGCUGGCGCGCGCGGACUAUCAGGCGUGGCUGCGCAGCCCCGAACUCGCCGAGCAACAGCGCCGCAUCGAGGCCGACCCGCGCCUGCCUGAAGCCGCGCGCGCCGUGCUGGCGGGCCUGUACGACAGCGACUUCGUGGCCCGUAUCCCUGACCCGUUGAAAGCCGCCGGCCAUGUGAUGGAUGUUCGCGGCGCCGCAGCGGGGCUGCGCAUGGAGUUGGGCGGCGACCUGCCGGCCUACGUGCCGUCCCAGGCUGCCGCCACCUUCAUCGAAGCCGACGACGCCGAGGACUUCUACCGCAAGGGGCCUGGCCUCGUCGAAGCCGGGCCGGUGACCUACGCCAUGGCCAAGCAGCUCGUCGACGACAUGCUGGACCGCCUGGCCUCGGGUGAGGGCGCCGUGCUGCGCUUCGCGCAUGCCGAGAUCAUCUCGCCGCUGGUGUCGGCCCUCGGCAUUGCCGGCGAGCAUCAGCCCCAGCCGCGCUCGCAACCCUACAGCUACCGCAACAACCCGUGGCGCACGGAGACCGUCAUCCCGAUGGCGGCCAAUGUGCAGUGGGAGGUCUGGCGCAAUGGAGCUGGUGAUCGGCUGAUGCGCAUGCUGCUCAACGAAGGGGAGGCCGACUUCAAGCCCGCCUGCGACGCUGCAAGACUGCGACCCGGCAGCCACUUCUACCGCGUGGCGGGCGUGGUCGAGUGCUAUGGGCAGCCGCGUCCCCGUGCUGCCGGAUGA